CCCAUCUCAACCCUCGCAGACCGAGUCCUGAAUAUGUGGGAGGAGCGCACCGCCCACAAAAAGCUACAGCUAUCUGUCUCCAGCUGCAAUUCUAAAAUUCAACUAUAAAAAAUAGGCAUAAAAUAGUGGUAUUAAUGAGGGGUGCUUUUGCAUGAAGAUCGUUGGAAAGACUUGUUGUACCUAGAGGCAGAAACAGCAGCGGCAGAAAGAGAGGAGAGAGAGCGAGGGGUGUUGGUCUGAUGGGUAAAUGGAAGUGGGUGGGCCUACCGCGGACACACUACUAACUUGAAUUAGAAUACAUUUUUGCAGUCGAUUUUUCCGUUAAUUUAAUUAACGCGCGUCGGUCGUUAAAGGGUGUUUUAGGUUGGUUCUGAGAGGCUUCGGGCGCGGAAACCGGACUGUUUCCCGUUAUAACGGGAGGUUUGAUUGUUGCUCGAGUUUUGUACCGCCCUUCCUGCCGAGUGGGUGGUUUAGGUGCUAACCGGAGCGACGACACAGCCCAGCUCGAACUAUUCGCGGAGAAAAAAGGCCGUCCUUACCCGGUGCUUCAGCCGGCCUUUCUCCCCUAGCCUCUCCUCUCUGGUUUAUGAAUGCGUUAUGAGUGGUAGGUACCCUCCCCUCUCAUCUCCGUCUCCACCCCUCUAUCCCUCUUUUCUUUCUCCCUCGCUUUCUUUGCAUACAGCCUGACAGAUAUGCAUAAACUGUUUGGUGAUAAAGAAUAGCGUUUUCCUAAAAAAGAGGCAACACGUUUCCAUAACUGAUCUGUUUUGUUGUAUUAGUCUCUAAUCGGGUUCCGAUCACUGUGUAUGCCUUUUUGGCCAGUAGUUGAACCAUAUGGUGUCACUACUCUUAUAAAACCAUGUGCAGGGAAAUAUUGACAUCUUCAUAGCCUAUUUCCAUUAGGUAGUCUCCGUUUACUCACAGUGAUAUUUAUAAAUGUGAUCACUAAUCAUUCAGUCCUACAGUGUUAGUCUAUUGAUUAUUGAUCAAGUAUUGUUUGAUGGAUGGUCCUCAGAUCAGAAGAAGGAAGUGUCGGGAUCAGAAGGAGGGAAACCAGGCAAGAAAGGCAAACGUUCUGGAUCACAGGUAGACUGGUACACACACACACACCACUUCCUGAUUCUGUCUAGAGACCAUGUUCAGAGGAUUGCAUUAUGUCUUUCAACACCAAUAAUGGACUUGUGUCUUUGGCUCCAUGUCAAUGAGAUGAGGUUUUUAACAGUAUAAUAAAACAUGUAUUUAAUAUUUUCAUAGCAUUUCCAUAGCAUGUGUUCUGACAGGGUUUCCAAAUGCAUGUUUGAUUCUAGUGUUGAUAUAGACUGUUAUGUAGCUUCUGUAUAAAAAAACACACUAGCUGUCUAUAAAGGCAGCUUUAGGGGUGUGUUUGUGUACGUGUGUAUGUGUGCGGGUGAUAUUAAAUAUUUGCCCGCGACCUACACAAUGGUUCUUUGGCUGUCCCAUAGGAUAACCCUUUGAAUAACCCUUUUUGGUUCCAGGUAUAAUCCUUUUGGUUUCCAAGUAGAACCCUUUCCACAAAGGGUUCUGCCUGGAACCAAAAAGGGUUCUCCUAUGGGGACAGCCGAAGACCCUUUUGGAACCUUUUUUUCUAAGAGUGUAGUUCCUUUGUGACUACUGCUCUCUCUCUCUCUGUCUCUCUCUCUGUCUCUCUCUCUGUCUCUCUCUCUCUGUCUAUAUGCAUGUUGUCUCUAUGUGUGUGUGCAUUCUAUGUUUGAAUUCCCCCUAUCUGCCUGUGUGUGUGUGUUCUGUGUGUGUGUGUGUAUUCUAUCUCUCUCUAGGAUUCCCAGCCAUCUCCCCUAGCACUACUAGCUGCGACCUGCAGUAAGAUAGGAGGUCAGGGAGGAGUGGAAGGACAGGUCCAGUUGCAAGCUGGUCAAAUACAGGUAACAAUUAUUAUCAUCACAAGUUUUGUUAUUCCUUGUAUUAAUGUUCUUGUUAUUGUUAUAGUUGUUACAAUGUUGGUAAUGUAAGUUCUGAAACAAUAAGACAUUAUAAAGGCUCAUACAUGCUUUAUAACAUGGUACAUACACUACAUGGCCAUUAUAAAGGCUCAUACAUGCUUUAUAACAUGGUACAUACACUACAUGGCCAUUAUAAAGGCUCAUACAUGCUUUAUAACAUGGUACAUACACUACAUGGCCAUUAUAAAGGCUCAUACAUGCUUUAUAACAUGCUACAUACACUACAUGGCCAUUAUAAAGGCUCAUACAUGCUUUAUAACAUGGUACAUACACUACAUGGCCAUUAUAAAGACUCAUACAUGCUUUAUAACAUGGUACAUACACGACAUGGCCAUUAUAAAGGCUCAUACAUGCUUUAUAACAUGGUACAUACACUACAUGGCCAUUAUAAAGGCUCAUACAUGCUUUAUAACAUGGUACAUACACUACAUGGCCAUUAUAAAGGCUCAUACAUGCUUUAUAACAUGGUACAUACACGACAUGGCCAUUAUAAAGGCUCAUACAUGCUUUAUAACAUGGUACAUACACUACAUGGCCAUUAUAAAGGCUCAUACAUGCUUUAUAACAUGCUACAUACACUACAUGGCCAUUAUAAAGGCUCAUACAUGCUUUAUAACAUGGUACAUACACGACAUGGCCAUUAUAAAGGCUCAUACAUGCUUUAUAACAUGGUACAUACACGACAUGGCCAUUAUAAAGGCUCAUACAUGCUUUAUAACAUGGUACAUACACUACAUGGCCAUUAUAAAGGCUCAUACAUGCUUUAUAACAUGCUACAUACACUACAUGGCCAUUAUAAAGGCUCAUACAUGCUUUAUAACAUGGUACAUACACUACAUGGCCAUUAUAAAGGCUCAUACAUGCUUUAUAACAUGGUACAUACACGACAUGGCCAUUAUAAAGGCUCAUACAUGCUUUAUAACAUGGUACAUACACUACAUGGCCAUUAUAAAGACUCAUACAUGCUCUAUAACAUGGUACAUACACGACAUGGCCAUUAUAAAGGCUCAUACAUGCUUUAUAACAUGGUACAUACACUACAUGGCCAUUAUAAAGACUCAUACAUGCUUUAUAACAUGGUACAUACACUAUAUGGCCAUUAUAAAGGCUCAUACAUGCUUUAUAACAUGGUACAUACACUACAUGGCCAUUAUAAAGGCUCAUACAUGCUUUAUAACAUGGUACAUACACUACAUGGCCAUUAUAAAGGCUCAUACAUGCUUUAUAACAUGGUACAUACACUACAUGGCCAUUAUAAAGGCUCAUACAUGCUUUAUAACAUGGUACAUACACGACAUGGCCAUUAUAAAGGCUCAUACAUGCUUUAUAACAUGGUACAUACACGACAUGGCCAUUAUAAAGGCUCAUACAUGCUUUAUAACAUGGUACAUACACUACAUGGCCAUUAUAAAGGCUCAUACAUGCUUUAUAACACGGUGUAUAUCUGCAGACUUUCAGUGUACUGUGUGUUGAUUGUACUUCCAGAUCCAGAGACACAUAGAUUCACCUGGGAACCAGACUCUGGUUCCUACUCUAGUACAUGUUUAUUCAAUUAUGUUUAUUUAUUGUUUAUUUAUUAUUGAUGUAUUGUUUAUUUAUUGUUUAUGUAUGUUUAUUUAUUUUGUAUUUAUUGUCUAUGUAUGUUUAUUUAUUGUAUAUUUAUUGUUUCUGUAUAUUUAUUUGCAGUUGCAGGGUGGGCAGAUCCAGGGUCAUAUAGUUGUAGACGCAGCAGGUAAUCAGACUCUGGUUCAGCAGCAGUUAGAACUGGUUCCUGCCCAGUUCACUGGUAAUGGCUGGCAGAUUAUCACUACCGCUCCCCAAAUGGCCAAUGACACUGCCAAUCAACCCGUCGCCGUAACGCUGGCCACCACUUCAGCCAAUGACAGUGCUCCGGCAGGCCGUAAGGUGAAGGCGGUGGGCGGGACUAAAACCAUAGCUGCCAAUCAGCAGCAGCAGCAGCAGCAGUUCCAAAUCAUCCAGGUGUGUGUGUGUGUUUGUAGAAUGGAAAGUUGACUGGAGGGAUGCAGUCAUGUAUUUUUCUAAUACUUGGGGAAUGGAGUACUAUAUACUGUAUAGUAUACUAUUUCUGUUUGUGUGUCCAGGUUCAGCUAAUGCCCACCUAAUGUCACAAUGUUUCUAAGUAAUAUUAUGUUUGUCUCUCCAGGUGCAAAAUAUGCCUUCGUCAGGGGGUGGGGUCCAGUACCAGGUGAUCCCCCACCUGCAAACGGCAGACGGCCAACAGAUCCACAUCAGCCCCCAGACCGCAUCCCUGGGGGGGCAGCACAUCCAGAUCAGGUAGGUGGCAGCUGUUUUAAAGGUUAGACUGGUAGUCUGCAUGUUAGAGGUUAGACAGGCGGUUUGGGCGAUUAAAAAAGUGGGAAAAUUACCUUUUUACAGAAGAAAAUAGAUGAAGUGUUUCUAUUCUAUUCAGUCCGGCCCAGGGCGGUCUACCAGAGCAGGUCCAGCUGAUCCAGACCCAGAACCAAUCCCAGACCCAGGCCAUCCUACAGCCGGCCAACCAGCAGGCCAUCCUCACUGGCUCAGCCAAUCAGACGUUGCAGCUUCGUCCAGCCCAGUCCUUCCCGCUACAGAUGCAGACCUUACAGGGCUCCCAGACCCAGGUAAUGACUACAGUACCCAUAAACAUUGGCGGUAUGACCCUCGCCCUGCCGGUCAUGAAUAAUUUAGCGGGGAGCGGAGCCGUGCAGCUUAUCCAAGCAGCCGACGGCAGCUUUACCGUAGCUAACAGCAACCAGCUGGUGACAACAACGGCGGCGGCGGUGUCCGGGGCAGCUACUGUUACCGGGUCAUCUGGCGGUACCAUAACAACUAUUGCCGGGGGCGAUGGAGCAUUGUCGGACGGAACACAGCUGAGUUCUGUAGCCGGGUCGGACGGAGGGGCGGAGAGAGACUCACAGAACCAACCCAGCGAGCAGGACUCACAGAACUCACAGAUGGUACGUGGGUGUGUGUUUGUGUGACUUAACAUUCGUGAAAUAAAAGGAUAUAUUGAUUGAUUGGUUGAUUAAUUAAUUGGUUGGUUGAUUGACAUGUCCAGAGCCAGGCCAACGGACUGCAGGGCCAAUCAGAUCCUCCAGGGACCAUCCAGCAGGUCAUCGUGGGACAGGUGGGUUCUACUCAGCUGCUUUUACCUUUUGACCUUCCAUUCUAUUCUAUUAUGAUAUGAUAUGGUAUUAUACUAUAAUUAUAUUAUAAGUUGUUAUUAUCAUCAUUGUCCAGAUGGGCAACCAGGUGUUGCAGCAGAUCCAGAUCCAGCCACAGAACCAGGUAACACACACACACACACACACACACACACAGGGACCAUCCAGCAGGUCAGAAAGUGUGUAAACCCUGUGUUUGUUUCCACCAGAUCCAAGGCCAGCCGCAUCAGAUCCAAACCUUUCAGUUAGGACCAGGCGGGACCCUACAGCCCAUACAAGCCUUCCAGAACCAACAGGUAGCUAGCUGCUCUCUGCUGCUCUCAACAGUUUGGGGAAGGGCCUUCCCCAAACUGUUGCCACAAAGUUGGAAGCACAGAAUCGUCUAGAGUGUCAUUGUAUGCUGCAGCGUUAAGAUUUCCCUUCACUGAAACUAAGGGGCCUAGCCCGAACCAUGGAAAACAGCCCCAGACCAUUAUUCCUCCUCCACCAAACUUUACAGUUGGCACUAUGCAUUCAGGCAGGAAGAGCCUUGGCGUGACCCUGGACAACACCCUGUCGUUCUCCGCUAACAUCAAGGCGGUGACCCGAUCCUGCAGGUUCAUGCUCUACAACAUUCGGAGAGUACGACCCUGCCUUACACAGGAAGCGGCACAGGUCCUAAUCCAGGCACUUGUCAUCUCCCGUCUGGAUUACUGCAACUCGCUGUUGGCUGGGCUCCCUGCCUGUGCCAUUAAACCCCUACAACUCAUCCAGAAUGCCGCAGCCCGUCUGGUGUUCAACCUUCCCAAGUUCUCUCACGUCACCCCCCUCCUCCGCACACUCCACUGGCUUCCAGUUGAAGCUCGCAUCCGUUACAAGACCAUGAUGCUUGCCUAUGGAGCAGUAAAGGGAACGGCACCUCCGUACCUUCAGGCUCUGAUCAGUCCCUACACCCAAACGAGGGCAUUGCGUUCAUCCACCUCUGGCCUGCUGGCUCCCCUUCCUCUGCGGAAGCAUAGUUCCCGCUCAGCCCAGUCAAAACUGUUCGCUGCUCUGGCACCCCAAUGGUGGAACAAGCUCCCUCACGACGCCAGGACAGCGGAGUCACUCACCACCUUCCGGAGACAUUUGAAACCCCACCUCUUUAAGGAAUACCUGGGAUAGGAUAAAGUAAUCCUUCUACCCCCCCCCAAAAAAAUAAUAAUAAUAAUAAUUGGAAAGUGGUUAUCCCACUGGCUAUAGGGUGAAUGCACCAAUUUGUAAGUCGCUCUGGAUAAGAGCGUCUGCUAAAUUACGUAAAUGUGCCCUUGAGCAAGGCACUUAACCCUAAUUGCUCCUGUAAGUCGCUCUGGAUAAGAGCGUCUGCUAAAUGACUAAAAUGUAAAUGUAGCGUUCUCCUGGCAUCCGCCAAACCCAGAUUCGUCUGUCAGACUGCCAGGUGGUGAAACGUGAUUCAUCACUCUAGAGAACGUGUUUCCACUGCUCCAGAGUCCAAUGGGGGCGAGCUUUACACCACUUCAGCCAACGCUUGGCAUUGUGCAUGUUGAUCUUAGGCUUGUGUGCGACUGCUCGGCCAUGGAAACCCAUCCCUACUAACAGUUCUUGUUAUGACAUUGCUUCCAGAGGCAGUUUGGAACUCGGUAGUGAAUGUUGUAACCGAGGACAGGCGAUUCUUAAGCCCUACGCGCUUCAGCACUCGGCGGUCCCGUUCCGUGAGCUUGUGGCCUACCACUUUGCGGCUGAGCCGUUGUUGCUCCUAGAUGUUUCCACUUCACAAUAACAGCACUUACAGUUGACCGGGGCAGCUCUAGAAGGCUAUGUGCUCGAUUUUAUACACCUGUCAGCAACGGGAUGAAAUAGCCGAAUGCACUAAUUUGAAGGGGUGUCCACAUACUUUUGUAAAUAUAGUGUAUGUUAUCAGCAUACAACAAGAUGCCCAGGAAUAUAUCCACAACUUCAACACCACAUUUAGCAUGUUUGAUUUGUAGGGCUAAAUCAUUAACAUAUAGUGCAAAUAAAGUGGAUGAACGUAGGUCUCCCUGCGUUACACUGUAAGGGGUUGGAAAGCAGCCAGUCCUGAGGUCAUUGACCUGAACACAGGCAACUGGAGCCCGAUCGAGAGCUUUGAUGGGAUCAUAGAAUCUUCCAUCAAUUGAAAGUCACUGAGCUCUUCAGGAAGGACCAUUAUACUGCCAAUGUUUGUCUAUGGAGAUUGAAUGGCUCUGGGCUCGAUGUUAUACACCUGUCAGCAACGCGUGUGGCUGAAAUAGCCGAAUCCACUAAUUUGGAGGGGUGUUCACAUACUUUUGUAUAUAUAGUGUGUAUUUCUUCUAUCCUCUAUGAUUUUAAUGUGUGUUGUAUUGAUUUGAAUUGAAUGUCUGAAUGAUUGAUAUACUUUUUUUAUUAAUUGAUUCCUCCAGGUUCUGAUCCGGACCCCAACCCUCUCCUCGUCGGGCCAGAUCACAUGGCAGACCCUGCAGCUCCCCGGGGGGAUGUCUGUGCCCCAGCAGCUGACCCUGGCCACUGUGGGCGGAGGGGCUGUGGGAGGAGGGGGCUUCGUGCAGCUGGGGGGGGCUCCCCUGACGCUGAGCGCGGCCCAGAUCAACCCUGGGUCAGGGGUGCAGACGGUCAACAUCGCUGGACUGGGCACCGCUGGGGUACAGAUGCAGGGGGUACCCCUCACCAUCACUGGACUACAGGGUGAGAACAGAGAGACACAGAGAGAGCAGGAGAGGGACAGUGUGUGUGUUGAGUGUUGUUCUCCAAAUGUGUAUUUGUUUAUUUUCUGGGGGGUUGGGAGCAGUGCAUAUUAUACUCUACUAUACCACAAUUGAAAUACGCCUCUGGGCUUUAUUGUGUUUUUAUCCUCAAUAAUUGUUUAUUAAUGUAAUGUUGUCUUUGGCUGGAGCAGUCUACUACUUUUAAUUAUCCAAUAAAUAAAAUUAAAAUUAAAAUACUAUAUUCUGCCACCAGGUCAGCCGCAGGGUCAGGAGGGCGGGGUUAAGGUCCAGUCCUCCCCAGUAAAGGUAACCAUGGGUAACGUGGCUGGGUCGUCACUAAGUCCAGACCAGAUGGGUUCUGUCCAGAGUUCAUCAGACCAGGAAGGACCGCCCAGCAAGAGGCUCCGCAGGGUGGCAUGCUCCUGUCCUAACUGUAGGGACGGAGAGGGGAGGUACGGACACAUGCAUGCACGCACGCACACACACACACACACACACACACAUGCACACUCUCACUGUCUCUCUCUGACUGUGUGUGUGUGUUGCAGGACCAGUGGAGACCCAUCUAAGAAGAAGCAGCAUGUGUGUCACAUGGAGGGCUGUGGGAAGGUCUACGGUAAGACCAGUCUAUACUGUGGAAAGGUCUACGGUAAGACCAGUCUAUACUGUGGAAAGGUCUACGGUAAGACCAGUCUAUACUGUGGAAAGGUCUACGGUAAGACCAGUCUAUACUGUGGAAAGGUCUACGGUAAGACCAGUCUAUACUGUGGAAAGGUCUACGGUAAGACCAGUCUAUACUGUGGAAAGGUCUACGGUUAGACCAGUCUAUACUGUGGAAAGGUCUACGGUUAGACCAGUCUAUACUGUGGAAAGGUCUACGGUUAGACCAGUCUAAACUGUAUGAAAUAGAGAUUUACCAGUCUAUGGAACCAAUAAAAUAUAGAAUAUUAAUAUGAUAUUAACAAUCUGUAAUAAUAUUCUAUCUACCAGGUAAGACCAGUCACCUGAGAGCUCACCUCCGCUGGCACACAGGAGAACGACCCUUUGUCUGUAACUGGAUCUUCUGUGGCAAGAGGUUCACACGCUCGGACGAACUGCAGAGACACAGACGGACACACACAGGUACGCACUCCCAAGCGCAUGCGCGCACACACACACACACACACACACACACGUCCUGUGUCUAUGUUGUUCUUAUUCAGAUGUACCCAUCCUCCAGGUGAGAAGAGGUUUGAGUGUCCAGAGUGUAGUAAGCGUUUCAUGCGAAGCGACCAUCUCUCCAAACACAUCAAAACCCACCAGAACAAGAAGGGAGGGGCUUCUCUCGCCAUCAUCACCACUGACGACAUGGAAGAUUCCAACCAGGGCUUAGGCUCGUCCCCUCGCAUCGUAACUGUGGAGACGCUCUCCCAGGACUCCGCCCCCACCACUCCAACAACCUCCUCGCCCAAUCAAAUAGAGGGAGAAGAGGAAGAGGAGGAAGAGGAGGAGUUUGAG